UUGACUCUUUGUGGGUGGCACCUUCUUGAGCUUCUUCUUCUUUGUUUCUCUCUCAUUCCUUCUUCCAUUCCAUAGCAGGGUUAGAGAGAGAGAGAGAGAGAGAGAGAGAGAGACCAAACAUAACACCCGUUUUGCUCUCUUUCUUCUGCAAUCACACACUCACACACCCACUACCCCUAAUUUCCCCUUUUUCUCUCUCAAUUUUCGAGGGUUUCAAUUUUGACUUUCAAUCAUCAUUGUCAACGCGAAUCCAAAGGUUCCGAGAUCGAAAAGGUCAAGUCUUUGACCGAUUCCGAUUCGGAAAAUGGCGUCUUCGAGCGCAGCGGGUGCUGGAUCCGCUGAUUCCACAGCUGCAAGAAGAAAUAACAAGCGACCUAAGUAUUCAAAGUUUACACAGCAAGAACUUCCAGCGUGCAAGCCGAUUCUUACACCACGAGCGGUUAUUUCAGCGUUCUUGCUUGUCAGUGUUGUAUUCGUUCCUAUUGGAGUUGCCUCACUGAUUGCUUCAAGAAAUGUUGUUGAAAUCGUUCGUGGGUAUGAGUCAAUGUGCAUACCAGAAAAUGUUACAGACAAGGUAGCUUACAUUAAGAGUUCUGCAGAUAAAACAUGCAACCUAAUGCUAAAUGUGGAAAAGCAUAUGAAGUCACCUAUUUAUGUCUACUAUCAGCUUGACAACUUCUACCAGAAUCAUCGCCGGUAUGUUAAAAGCCGAAGUGAUGAGCAAUUGAGGGAUACUAGUGAUGAGAGCUCAACAAGUACGUGUAAGCCUGAAGAUAUUGCCAACGGAAAACCAAUUGUACCUUGUGGUCUUAUAGCUUGGAGUUUAUUCAAUGACACAUACAGCUUCUCCCGUGACAACAAAAAUUUGACAGUGAACAAAAAAGGCAUCUCCUGGAAGAGUGAUAGGGAGCACAAAUUUGGCAAAGAUGUUUUCCCUAAAAACUUCCAGAAUAGUUCUAUAAAAGGUGGUGCAUCUCUAAAUGAAUCCAUACCGUUGAGUGAGCAGGAGGAUCUUAUUGUCUGGAUGCGGACUGCUGCGUUGCCAACUUUUAGGAAGAUGUACGGAAAGAUAGAGGUGGAUCUGAAUGAAGGUGAUAAAAUAAGCGUAACACUGAAAAAUAACUACAACACAUACAGUUUUAGUGGCAAGAAAAAGCUUGUACUGUCAACUACUAGCUGGCUUGGUGGGAAGAAUGACUUCCUUGGCAUUGCUUAUCUCACUGUUGGAGGACUAUGCUUCUUUUUGGCUAUGGCUUUUACCAUUGUAUAUUUUGUCAAGCCAAGGCAACUUGGAGAUCCCUCAUAUUUGUCAUGGAAUAGGAAUCCGGGAGGGCAUUGAGCAAAGAAACUAGUUAUGCUUGUCUGUUAUUUCCAACAUUACAUGGCUUGUGUAUUCUACUGUGAAGGGUGCAAUUUUUGUACAUUUAUGUUACUAAUUACCAGUAACACUUAUUUAGGAGUUCUUACCCCCCCUCCCAUUUCUCCCCACAAACAAAGGAAACCAGAACACUUUUUUUUCUUUGUUUUAUUAUGCAUCAUAAUUGGAAUAUAUUUUAUGUCCUAAUAAUUAGUGUCCAAUAUAUGUAUUAGUUGCUUUUCAUACAAACCCGUGAAAAUAGUAGAGUUCUUUUCAUGUUUG